AUGGCUUCAGACCUGCAGUCGAGAUUGGAGGCUCUCUCCAUCAACCCCACCGUUGUAUCCCAUGGCCCCUGCAAAAACGUAGCAGAAUGGCAUGCACAGCUUGACUCUGUGCUUCCACAACCAGGUUUCGAGUUCAAACUAGUAAAAACUAUGGUCUUCAAGCCCAAGGCCCCUAAGUCCGAAACUACUCCCCUGAUCGUUUUGAUUGCUCUCGAGGAUUCUCAAACUCCUUCUUCCACAGUUUGUAAGGCAGUAAAUGUCAAAGAGGCACGGUUGGCGAGUGAAGAUGUCGUCAACAGCACCCUAUCUAUCCCUACUACUGAUGUUUCUCCAUUUUCUAUUACCAAGGAAAAUUCAUCUGCUGUCAAGGUAGUUCUCGACAAGGCACUGUUAGAUUAUUCUGGCAAGCUUGGUGUCCACCCGAAUGAUUCUGCGAAAACCUUCUUCUUAGCCCAGAAAGACAUUCAACAGUACCUCCUCGGGACUGAGACUGAGAUAGACGAAGUUGAUUUUACUUCCGAAUUAUACCAAACGAGCGGCCCAUCCACUAUCGGGAAAUCCGAAACAAAGAAAGCUGUUCCCCCACCCCUACAAAAUGAAAAAAUCGAGGGGGCUGCUUUGAUCGGGAUUACUGUCAAGAAAGAGCUUGAUUUCCCCGGUUGGUAUCAACAGGUUCUGACCAAAGGAGAUAUGUUAGACUACUAUGACGUUUCUGGUUGCUAUAUCCUCAAGCCAUGGUCUUACACGAUCUGGGAGCAAAUACAAAAAUGGUUUGAUGCUAAAAUAAAGGGAAUUGGCGUUGAAAACUGCUAUUUCCCGAUGUUUGUGUCAUCCAAGGUUCUAGAAAGAGAAAAGGAUCAUAUUGAGGGGUUUGCCCCAGAGGUAGCUUGGGUUACUAAGGCAGGGAGCACCGACCUCGAUGAACCGAUCGCUAUUCGCCCUACAUCAGAGACGGUCAUGUAUCCAUACUAUGCAAAAUGGAUACGAUCACACCGUGAUCUACCUCUUCGUCUUAACCAGUGGAACUCCGUUGUUCGGUGGGAGUUCAAACACCCACAGCCUUUCCUCCGCACUCGUGAAUUUUUGUGGCAGGAAGGCCAUACCGCGCACUUGACGUUCAAGGAUGCAAAUGAAGAAGUCCUGCAGAUUCUGGACUUCUAUGCUGGUGUUUACGAAGAACUGCUUGCUGUCCCAGUCAUCAAAGGUAAAAAGACUGAUAAGGAGAGAUUUGCAGGCGGUCUUUUUACGACUACUUGUGAGGGGUAUAUUCCGACCACUGGUCGCGGCAUCCAGGGAGCUACUUCUCAUUGCCUGGGCCAGAACUUUAGCAAAAUGUUCGGAAUUACCGUCGAAGAUCCGUUCUCCAAAGAAGGAGAAGACAAAGAGAAGCUUUUCGUUUGGCAAAACUCUUGGGGUCUUUCGACCCGGGUUAUUGGUGUUAUGGUAAUGAUCCACGGCGACCAGAAGGGUUUAGUCUUGCCACCGCGAGUAGCUGGGCACCAGGUGGUGAUUGUCCCAUGCGGUAUUACAACAAAGACUUCCGAAUCCAACAGGGACAUGCUUUAUGACGAUAUCAAGAAAAUUGCCGCACGUCUAACCGAGGCGGGUAUCCGAGUAAAGGCCGAUUUACGAGACAGCUAUUCUCCAGGAUAUAAAUUUAACGAUUGGGAGUUAAAGGGUGUCCCACUUAGACUUGAAUAUGGGCCCCAGGAUGCCAAGAAAGGCCAGGUUCUUGGUGCCCGAAGAGAUACCGGCCAGAAGGCUGCCAUCUCACUCGAUAAGCUCACCGAUUCCGUGCAAAGCCUCCUAGACGCAAUUCAAACGGACCUCUAUAAGAAAGCCAAGGAAUCAUUCGAUUCGAAUAUCGAAACUAUCAAAAACUGGGAGGAGUUUGUGCCUGCGUUGAACCAGAAGAAAGUAAUUCAGAUGCCAUUCUGUCUUGAGGAGUCCUGCGAGGAUGACAUUAAGGAAAGAAGCAAGCGGACCGAUACUAGCGAGGCAGAAGAUGCUAAAGCUCCUAGCAUGGGCGCUAAGAGCUUGUGCCGCCCUUUCAAUCAACCUAGUGGUUUGGUGUUGGGUGAAACCAAAUGUCUAGCCUGCGGGAAAGAUGCGAAGGAAUAUUGCCUCUUCGGCCGAAGCUAUUAG